AUGAAUGUGGAAGCCAGCGAUCACGUUAAAAAGGCCGGUGGCGUCGCAGUUAUAAUCCUGAGCCAGUGGUGGAUGGGGAAUCAAACGGACGCCGAUGCUUUUCUCCAUCCAGCUUCUCGUGUUACCUACGACGACGCAGAGGAAAUUAUGAAGUAUCUCAGCCAGACAUCAAAUCCGACUGCCGCGAUAAAGUUCAACGGAACACAAUUUGGACACCGCCCUGCUCCUGUAGUGUCCUCCUUUUCGAAUCGAGGGCCUAACCUCUUUAACGGUAACAUCAUAAAGCCAGACGUUAUUGCACCCGGUUCAAACAUUCUCGCAGCUUGGCCAACUGAAGUGGGUCCGAAUCAUACAGGCACGAAUAAGACGUUCAUCAUGGUGAGUGGAACUUCGAUGGCUGCACCUCAUGUUUCAGGGAUCGUAGCUCUCCUCAAGCACAAUCAUCAACAUUGGUCGCCCGCCGCAAUUAAAUCAGCCAUCAUGACAACAGCCUACACGAAAGACCGAGAUGGUAAUCCGAUAAAAGAUCAAUACGAAGGUGAAAAUGCUGGAGUUUUCACUAUGGGAUCGGGUCAUGUGGAUCCGGUGGCAGCUAACGAUCCGGGUCUGAUCUAUGACAACGACCCACAUGAUUACAUCCGGUAUCUUUGUGGCAUGAAACUUGUGAAUGUGUCUGCAGUUGUUCGUGGUCCAGUAAAUUGUUCUCAAGUUCAAGCUAUUGAACCUGAGCAAUUGAACUAUCCUUCCAUUUCGGUGUAUCUCGGGGCGAAAUCGGUAUCGAAGAUGGUAAAUCGAACAGUGACAAAUGUUGGUGAUGCUAACUCAGUUUACACGGUGAAGGUUGAUAAUCCAGAGGGAGUGGAUGUGGAUGUUGACCCUAAUACCCUUACAUUCAAUAAGGAAGGUGAAAAACAAGAUUUUACUGUGACAUUGAGUAUUCAGGGAGUUUCACCAAAAUCAGGUAAAGUUUCAGAAGGGCAAUUGCUAUGGGAUUCUGGCAAGUAUUUUGUGAGGAGUCCUAUUGCAGUUACGUUUACUUGA